CCGUCAGCUGCAGUGAAAAUGGCCUCAGGAGUGCAAGUGGCUGAUGAAGUAUGUCACAUUUUUUAUGACAUGAAAGUUCGGAAGUACUCCACGCCAGAAGAAAUCAAGAAAAGAAAGAAGGCUGUCAUUUUUUUUCUCAGUGCAGACAAAAAGUGCAUCAUUGUUGAAGAAGGCAAAGAGAUCUUGGUUGGAAAUGUUGGUGUUACCAUAACCGAUCCUUUCAAGCAUUUUGUGGGAAUGCUUCCUGAAAAAGAUUGUCAUUAUGCUUUGUAUGAUGCAAGCUUUGAAACCAAGGAAUCCAGAAAAGAAGAAUUGAUGUUUUUGUGGGCACCAGAAUUGGCACCUCUGAAAAGUAAAAUGAUCUAUGCAAGCUCCAAGGAUGCAAUCAAAAAGAAAUUCCAAGGCAUAAAACAUGAAUGUCAAGCAAAUGGGCCAGAAGACCUCAAUCAGGCUUGUAUUGCUGAAAAGCUAGGUGGAUCUUUAAUUGUAGCUUUUGAAGGAUGCCCUGUGUAGGUGAUCAUUCAGUGCCACAAAUUGAAAGCUUCCAUGUUCAAUGUUAUCCUCUUGCUAUGUAAGGAAAGUGAAUAUAUUUAGGCCAGGGUCUCACUGAGG